AUGUACCACCAUUUCCAUGGCGAGGUGGCCAGCCUCCGCUUCCUGUCCCCUCCGAGCGCCUCCUUCGCCGCGCACCAGCACCACCACAUGAACAUGGCCUUGCCGCCUCCGGCCUACUUCCCGGCGCCGUCCUUGGAGCCGGAGUCGGCUUUCCAGGACGAUGCUACUCUACUAGCCAUCAUCGACGGCGGCGGCGACGCGGCUUGCUUUGAGCUUGACACCAUCGUCCGGGAAGCCGCAGCGCACCUCGCCGGCAACAAUGGGUCGCCCAGCUUGUCGGGCUCCGGCUCCGACGGCGCGGGCAGCGGCGGCUACCAGCUGGACGCGGUGAUGACGACGGCAGCGGCCGACGAGGAGCACCGGCGCCGGCGGAUGGUGUCGAACCGGGAGUCGGCGCGGCGGUCGCGCAUGCGCAAGCAGCGGCAGCUCAGCGAGCUGUGGGCGCAGGUCUCGCACCUCCGCGGCGCCAACCGCCGCCUCCUCGACGAGCUCAACCGCGCGCUCAGGAGCUGCGCCGACGCCCACCGCGAGAGCGAGCGCCUCAGGGACGAGAAGGCCGAGCUGGCCAAGAAGCUCGACCAGCUGCUGCUGCAGGCGGCCGCGGAGAAGGGCGCCGCUGCCGGCGCCUCGACCUCGAGCAAUCACAGUUGCUCAUCGGAGGCGGAGGCGGAGGCGGAGCCAUGCAACAACAACACCAGCAGCAUCAAUAUUGCUGAAUGA